AUGGUUGCAGAUAUAAAGGGCAAUGGAAAAAUUGAAAGAUAUUUUUGGCUUUAAGUUUGUUAUAUUAGCAACUCAAGAAUGGACAGAAAGCAUGGGAAAUACGUAGUGAAUGUGGAACCCUCUAGAAACCAGCCACCAUGCACGUGUCCAAAUGACCAAGAGGUCCACAGUUCCACAGGCUGGUGUCCACCUUCACAUGACAUACCUGGCCAUGUUUCCUCCAACUUGUCUGGAGUCUGGGUGAGCCCAGGAAUCCUUGCCCAAUCAGGAUGCCCACAGCCAGAAUCAUCCAACACACAGAUAAUGUCUGCUAUAGUGAAGCGGAAUUGCUGCAAUGACUGGUCUCUGUGGAAAGUCUUCCUGGCUUGUCUCUUAGCCUGUGUGAUAACAACAGCAAUUGGUGUACUCAUAUUAAGUCUGGUGAAUCGUAAUGGAAGCAAUUCCUCCAUUGUUAUCCAGCUGCUUCCAAACAAUGGACAAUCUACAGUUACUGUACCUGUAACAACCUCUACUACUGCUAACCCUGCACUGACUACCACUUCAUCAGAAUCUACAACCAGUUCAACAUCCACAGAAACCACAGCCACCACGAUUAUUUCAACUCAACCUGAAACCACAAUAGCCACCAGCACAACUUCAACUGAACCCACAAGUACAACAGUUUCAACAGAAUUUUCAACCACAGUCACAUCUGCUGAAACUAUAGCCACGACCAUCACAUCGACUCUACCUGGAACCACAACAGCCACCAGUACUUCUGUCGAACCCACUAGUGCAACCACUUCAACAGAAUCUACAACCACAGCUAUAUCUGCUGAAACUACAGCCACAACCAUCACAUCGACUCUACCUGAAACCACAACAGCCACCAGCACAACUUCAAUUGAACCCACAAGUACGACAGUUUCAACAGAAUCUUCAACCACUACAACGUCUGCUGAAACUACAGCCACGACCAUCACAUCGACUCUACCUGGAACCACAACAGCCACCAGCACAACUUCAACUGAAUCUACAAGAACCACUUCAACAGAAUCUACAACCACUACAACGUCUGCUGAAACUACAGCCAUGACAGGCACAACCAUCGUGUCAACUUAA